AUGUCUACUGUCCAUGAAAUUUUAAGCAAGCUCAGUCUUGAAGGAGAUCAUUCUCUCCCACCGAGUGCAUAUGCUACAGUUAAGGCCUACUCAAAUUUUGAUGCUGACCGGGAUGCUGCAGCCCUGGAAACAGCCAUCAAGACCAAAGGUGUGGAUGAGGUCACCAUCAUCAACAUCCUGACAAACCGCAGCAAUGAACAGAGGCAGGAUAUUGCUUUUGCCUAUCAGAGGAGAACCAAAAAGGAACUUUCUGCAGCACUCAAGUCUGCUCUGUCAGGUCAUUUGGAAGCAGUGAUCUUGGGCUUGCUGAAGACACCAGCACAGUAUGAUGCCUCUGAAUUGAAAGCUGCCAUGAAGGGUCUGGGAACUGAUGAAGACACACUCAUUGAAAUCAUCUGCUCGCGAACUAAUCAGGAGCUUAGUGAAAUCAACAGAGUCUACAGGGAAAUGUACAAGACAGAACUGGAAAAGGACAUUAUAUCAGACACAUCUGGUGACUUCCGCAAGCUAAUGGUUGCCCUGGCCAAGGGCAAAAGGUGUGAAGAUACUUCUGUGAUUGACUAUGAGCUGAUUGACCUAGAUGCUAGGGAGCUCUAUGAUGCUGGUGUGAAGAGAAAGGGAACUGAUGUACCCAAGUGGAUCAACAUUAUGACUGAAAGAAGUGUUCCCCACCUGCAGAAAGUGUUUGAGAGGUACAAGAGCUACAGCCCAUAUGACAUGUUGGAGAGCAUCAAGAAGGAGGUUAAGGGAGAUUUGGAGAAUGCCUUCCUUAAUCUUGUCCAGUGCAUUCAGAACAAGCAGCUGUAUUUUGCAGACAGACUGUAUGAUUCCAUGAAGGGCAAGGGAACCCGCGACAAGGUUCUGAUCAGGAUUAUGGUCUCCCGCUGUGAGGUUGACAUGCUGAAAAUUAAGAGUGAAUUCAAGAGGAAAUACGGAAAAUCUCUCUAUUAUUUCAUCCAGCAAGACACGAAAGGUGAUUACCAG